AUGCUUGCUGCUACUCAGAUAAAUCCCUCAAUACUCCAGUAUGCAGGCGAUAAACUCAGGGACAACAGUGAGUUCUUCCUCGCUGCUAUUCGGAUAAAUCCCUUAACACUCCAGUAUGCGGACGAUAAACUCAGGGACAACAGUGAGUUCUUCCUUGCCGCUAUUCGGAUAAACCCCUUAACACUCCAGUAUGCGGACGAUAAACUCAGGGAUAACAGAGAAUUCUUCCUUGCCGCUAUUCGGAUAUAUCCCUUCGCACUCCAGUAUGCUAGCGAUAAACUCAGGGAUAACAGAGAGUUCUUCCUUGCUGCUAUUCGGAUCAAUCCCUUUGCACUCCAAUAUGCGGACGAUAAGCUCAAGAAUAACAGAGAGUUCUUCCUCGCUGCUGUUCAGGUAAACCCCUUUGCACUCCAACAUGCCAGCAAUGAGUUCAGAGACGAUGACAAGAUCGUGCUCACCGCUGUUCAGAAAAAUCACUUAACACUUCAGUAUGCAGGUGAUAAACUCAAGAAUAACAGAGAGUUCAUCCUCGCCGUUAUUCAGAUAAACCCCUUAGCACUCCAAUAUGCCAGUAACGAAUUCAGAGACGAUGAAAAGAUCGUGCUCGCCACUGUUCAGAUAAAUCCCUCAAUACUCCACGAUAAGUUCAAAGACGACGAAAAGAUCGUCCUUGCUGCUGUUCAGAGAAAUGGCGUGGCUCUCCAGUAUGCCAGUAAUAAGCUUAGGAGUAAUAAACAAUUCACCCUUAUUGCUGUUCAGAAACAUGGCAAGACUCUUUACUAUGCCAGAGAUGAAUUCAAAGAUGAUAAAGAGAUCGUGCUUGCUGCUAUUCAGAGAGAUUAUUCAACGCUCCAGUAUGCCAGUGACAAGCUCAAAAACAACGAAGAGAUCGUGCUUGCCGCCAUUCGGAUAAGUGGCGCAGCUCUCCAAUAUGCCAGUGAUGAUCUCAAAAAUAACAGAGAGUUUAUACUCGCCGCUGUUCAGGUAAAUCCCUUUGCACUCCAACAUGCCAGCAAUGAGUUCAGAGACGAUGACAAGAUCGUGCUCACCGCUGUUCAGAAAAAUUACUUAACACUUCAGUAUGCGGGUGAUAAACUCAAGAAUAACAGAGAGUUCAUCCUCGCCGUUAUUCAGAUAAACCCAUUAGCACUCCAAUAUGCCAGUAACGAAUUCAGAGACGAUGAAAAGAUCGUGCUCGCCACUGUUCAGAAAAAUAGCGAGACUCUCCAGUAUGCGGGCGAUAAACUCAGAGAUAACAGAGAAUUCAUCCUUGCUGCUAUUCAAAUAAAUCCAUUUACACUCGAACAUGCUAGCGAUAAGUUCAAAGACGAUGAAAAGAUCGUGCUCGCCACUGUUCAGAAAAAUAGCGAGACUCUCCACGAUAAGUUCAAAGACGAUGAAAAGAUCGUGCUUGCUGCUAUUCAGAGAGAUUAUUCAACGCUCCAGUAUGCCAGUGACAAGCUCAAAAACAACGAAGAGAUCGUGCUUGCCGCCAUUUGGAUAAGUGGCGCAGCUCUCAAAUAUGCCAGUGAUGAUCUCAAAAACAACGAAGAGAUCGUGCUUGCCGCCAUUCGGAUAAGUGGCGCAGCUCUCAAAUAUGCCAGUGAUGAUCUCAAAAAUAACAGAGAGUUUAUACUCGCCACUGUUCAAGAACAUUUCUUAACACUUCAGUAUGCUAGCAAUGAGUGCAAAGACGAUGAAGAGAUCGUGCUUGCUGCCAUUCAGAGAAGUGGCUUUUCUCUCCAAUAUGCCAGCGACAGGCUCAAAAAUAACAAAGAAUUCAUGCUUGCUGCGAUUCAGAUAGAUAGCUUGGCACUUGACUAUGCCAGCGAUGAGCUCAAAGACGAUGAAGAGAUUGUGCUUACCGCCAUUCAGAAACAUAGCGCAGCUCUCGGCUAUGCCAGCGACAAGCUCAAGAAUAACAGAGAGUUCAUCCUCGCUGCCGUUAAGAAAAAUUCGUUAGUAUUCCGGUAUAUCAGCGACGAGUUCAAGAACGAUGAAGAGAUCAAGGCUGCUACCCGAUAA